CGCGGCGCUUCCCUCCUGCCGGGCUGGGGGUCAGCCCUGGGCAGCCCCCGCCUCGCCCCGUGCCGUGGGGCACGCACAGCCCCGCCAGAGGGGAUAUAAAAGCCGCAGCCGCGCUGCCGGAGCUGCUGAAAGCGGAGGAGAGGAGGCUGCGGCAGGAUGAAGCGCCUGGGGCUGAGUCUGGGGCUGUGCCUGCUCUGCAUCCUGCACGCACGGGCUGAGCAGCUGCGAGCUGUGGGGCUGGACACGAGCAAGAUUGCAGGGAAAUGGCACGUUGUGGCUCUGGCCUCGGACUCUGAGGGCCUCCUCCAAAAGAAGGAGCAGCUGAAGAUGGCAAUGGCCACUCUCACAGUGCUGGGAGGGGAUGAACUCAAGGUCUCCUUUGCCAUCCCCACCCUGGAGGGAUGCAGGAGGUCAGAGGCGAUCUACCGGCCGACGGCUGUGCCAGGGGAGUUCUACAGCUCUGAGAGAGGCCCUAAAACCGUGCAGGUGCUGGACACGGACGGACAGACCUACGCUGUCAUCUUUGCCACCCGGGUGAAGGAUGGGAAAACCUACCACAUGCUGAGGCUCUACAGCAGAACCCCGGAGGUGAGCCCCGAAAUCACAGCACUCUUCAAGAAGUUUGCAAGGGAGAAGAACUACACUGAGGAGAUGAUGGUGCUGCUGCCCAGGCAGGAGGAGUGCAGCGUGGAUGAGGUGUAGGAACAGGUACAAAAAAGCUGGUUUCAUGCUGUGACUUGGUGAAGAGACGUGAGAUGUCACAGCCAAGGAUCUCUGGAACAACCAUUGUGGACAAGGCUGUGAUUUAUAACACCACCAAAGGAUCAUCCUUCCUGGAAGGAUUUCUCUGCUGGGGCUUUGUCCUCAGCCCAGUCUGGCUGGGAGAGCUGGGACAGGCUCCCAGCACCACCUGGGCAUGCCUUCCUUCCCCUUCUUUCCAAGGUAAUUUUGAUCCUGGAAGGUCUUUGGAUGGUGCCUUUCAAUGCCUCGUGCUGCGCCACCCUUUCUCCCCACCUGCCCUUCUUACCCUCUGCUCCUGUGUCCUGCUGUUUGCCUUCCAUUGCCCUGCUCUGGUCACACCAGACCCCUGGGACCAUCUGCUGCCAUGAGUGGCCCUGGGCAGUGAUUUGUGCUCCUCCAUAGCAGCUUUGCACAAGGCCACAAUCCUUUUGAGUUAUUUCCUAUGGACCAUCUGUUCUCCCUGAGGCUGAGGAGAGAGCCUUUGGCUGCCCAUGCUGUGCUCAUCCCCCUGGGCUGCUGCUCCUCCCUCCCUCCCUGCCCACCCCACUGCUGAGCACCAGGACAAGCCCAUGGCCCAUCCCUGAACACCCACGUCACACAGCCCAUCCCUAGCAUGGUCAGCUCGUCCAUGUUGCCUCUUGGAGGGAGCUUGCAGUGCCAUCUCAACGUGUUCAAGCCUCCUCAGGCUGGCACCCACCUCUUCUUUGCUCCUGGCAGGUGCUGCCACACUCACAGUGACAGCCCCAGAGAGCCCAAGUCGUGCUGGUAUGGCUCUGGGUGGGCAAGUGGUGUCUGAGCCACCCCAGGAGCCCCUACCCACCUGGGGACCCUCUACCCCACCCCAGGAGCCCCUACCCACCUGGGGACUCCCUACUCACCCCAGGAGCCCCUACCCACCUGGGGACCCUCUACCCCACCCCAGGAGCCUGUAGCCCACCCAGGGAGCCUGUACCCGCCCCAGGAGCUCCUACCCACCUGUUAGAGUUUUCACCCUCUCAGGCUGGUGGCAGGAGAACAGACACAACCUCCUCUGGAGACCUGAACAGAUUAGGAGGGGAGUUUGUAAAAUUGCUGGUUUUUUGGCCACUGGAGCUCUCCCAAUAAGUGCUGCUGGGAGGAUUUUAGCUGGGGAGGUGGGCACUGCCCAGGCAGAGCAGCAGAUGUGAUGGUGCCCUCAGUGAGCCUUACUUCUUUUCCUCAAUCAUUUCUCUGCACCAGAGCUUUGUCAGGCUCUCUGGCAAGAGAUUGAUUCCUAAGCAGAGUCCUUUCUGUGUUGAAACCCUGCAAAGCACAGCAGUAAUGCUCAGCUGUUUGCAUCUCCUGUUAAGUGGUGGCUAAUCUAGUCUGGGCUGGACUUGCAGAGGCUGCAGAGCCGGAUGUCUUCCCCUUAAUGCAAUAAAAUAUGUAUAAGUAGGAAAA